GGAAACUACUCCUAGAUUUGUACUAUUUUUUUUUCUUGACUACCCAGACGCCGUAUCUCAAUUGUUAUCAAAUGGGACUUCUCACAAUUUUGAAGAAAAUGAAACAGAAAGAAAAAGAAGUUCGGCUUUUAAUGCUUGGUCUUGACAAUGCUGGCAAAACAACAAUUCUCAAGAAGUUUAAUGGAGAAGAUAUUGAUACUAUUUCACCUACCCUGGGUUUUAAUAUUAAAACACUGGAACAUAGAGGAUUCAAGUUGAACAUCUGGGAUGUAGGUGGUCAGAAAUCACUUCGUUCAUAUUGGAGAAACUAUUUUGAAAGUACAGAUGCAUUGAUAUGGGUUGUGGAUAGUGCUGAUCGCAUGAGGCUUAGUGACUGCAAGAAAGAACUCCAUAGUCUGUUAGUUGAAGAGAGACUAGCUGGAGCUACACUUUUGGUUUUUGCCAACAAGCAGGAUUUACCUGGAUCAUUAACAGCCAGGGAAAUUAGAGAGGCUUUAGAUCUGGAUUCUAUUAAAACCCAUCAUUGGCUUAUCCAAGAUUGCAGUGCUGUAACUGGUGCCAACUUGUUGAAUGGCAUGGACUGGGUUGUCAAUGACAUUGCUUCCAGGAUAUUCACAAUGGAUUAACACUUUGACUUUUGGUUUAGUUCAAUUUUUUUUUUCAUGGGUGUUGUUAUAUACAUCAAGUUCUUCAGCUUCCAGGAUAUUCACUGUGGAUUAACACUUCAACUUAUGGUUUAGUUGUUUUUUUUCCAUCGAUGUUGUGACAUACAUCACGUUCUUCAGCAAAGAAAUGGGAUCCAGACAUGUUUUUAUUGACUGUGCUUGAUUAUAAGUUAUCGUUGCUUUGAUAUUUGAAAACCAUAUUUGUAAUCUAAGGCAUUUUUUUAAAAGAAAAAUAACUUAGUAAAACAAGACUUUAAUCUGUAUGUAUGUUGUUAGUGUAGAUACAGUUUUAAUGAAUGAUAUAAAUAGGUAAUAGCACAUAAAUGCACAUAAAUAUACAUUUCACCCAGUAUUUUAUUAAAAUACAGUAGAUUUUUAAAAAUCUUUUAGAAUUGGGCUCAUUUUUCUAUUUAAUUUAGCAAAAUAUUCUAUACAAUAUCACCCUAGUGUAUAGUGAAUGUUGAUUCAUUUCAAAUGUAAAUAUAUUUCACUAAUGUGAUGUACCAAUAUCUACCAAAGUACUGCCCUGAAAAACAUACUAAAAUGAAAUAAAGCUUGUAUUGGUCAGAUUGUCUAAGCAGUGAAUUGUAAACUUGCUCAUGUUUUUCAGUGGAAUGAGUUCAGUAAUUACUCAUUUACUGUGUUAAAAAAUCAAUUGACUGUGUCAAUGGGGUUAUUUUUUCAUAACCAUGGCUGAAUCAAAGGAGAUUAUUUUAAAACAGCUGUAAAUUUUGAGUAUUGAAUUGUGAAUGAAUGAAUUCUGUUCAGUAAGUUUUGUCUAAUUAUAAUUUUUUUUUAAAUGGCUGUGUGACUGAUAUGAAGUAAUGUAUGUAUUUCUGUAAAUAUUUUGAUUUAGCUUUUUUAUUUAUAUAGCAUUGAUAAACUGCAGCACACUAUGAGCAAUUUUUUUCAAUAGAUAUAAACAAAUUUCAGAUUAUACAUUUUUUUAUGUAGGGUUUCUUUUUUUUUCACUUUUUAUAAAGUACCUGACGUUUAUUAAGUUGUAAGUUAUUAAAAAAAUUUUUUUUUUGCUUCUGAUACUCAGACAACUCAAAACAAAUAAAGACAAAUUUCAACUGCUUUGCUAAUAAGCAAGUAUCAUGGGCAUUUUAUGCACUAUCAAAGAUGAGUUUUAAAAUUAUAUUUAGAAGAAAAGAUAUAGGCAAAAAAAAACAUACAUCCAACCAGCACCUAGCU